CACGAAUCACAAAUCGUAACAUUGGCAUGAACGAUAACACUGAACUAGCUCUCACGUUUGUGCUUGCACUUGCACCUCUCCAACGAUAACAACGACGAGCACAAGAUCCAGUUACAUAUUAUUCGAGUAGACAAGGCAGGCACAUAGUAUGGCUGGACCUUUUGAGUUGGGUUCAUCAAAGAAGAAACCAGGGGAUGGAGUGAAUGAUUUACUCACUUUUAAUGCUGAAAAUAUGCAAAGCAACAUGAAAAUUAUUUAUUACAGCCGAACAUUUUUGUCUAUAAUUGGUGGAGUUGUUGCUGGAAUUUUGGGGUUCACAAGCUUGAAAGGAUUUGUAUUUUACUUCCUUCUCAUGAUGGUUACUUCACUUGGGCUUGUAGCCAAAGCCAGAUUUUCAAUCCACUCCUACUUUGACUCCUCGAAUCGAGUUCUACUUGAUGGCUUCCUAGGUGGUCUAAUGUCAUUCGUGCUGUUCUGGACAUUUGCAUUCGACAUUGUACAUAUAUUUUGACGGAGGAUCGUGCACAAAAUGUCUCUAAAGAAGGCAAUUGUUGGCUUCUGACUUCUGUUGCUGCUUUAAGAAGGCAAUUGUUCUUUAUCUUGAUUCUUGACAUAAUGCAUGUACUUCAUCAAGUUAUUGGAUAGCUCUCAUUAUGUUGCCAGUUUUUAAACUUUGUAAGCUCUACUUGCUAAUGCUAUAAGACCGGUCCUGAAAUUUUAUGGACCAAACUGAAGCAAUUAUAUUACUUAGUUCUAAAUUUUACGGUCACAAUGUUUCCAGUUUUUUUUUUUACCAAAAAAAAUAGUUUGUUUCAUCUGAAUUCUGUCAAAAAAAUAAUGUAUAAUCUGAAUAAUGGAAUGUGAAAGUAAUGUCAUCUCUCUUUUUGUGGCUGUCAA